AAUAAGAAAGAAUAAGAAAAAAGAAAAAAGCCAUUUUGCACAAAGUUCUCUUUAUUUUGCAUACUAUGAUCGUCGACGAGGGGGGAGAGGCCGAGGCCGAGGCCGAGGCCGCAUCCGCAGCGCAGCAAUCGAAGGCGGACACCCAACAAUCUCGACUGAUCCUCCACAAUUUCCUUUCCCUCCAUCAAUGCAAUGAACUUGAAUUCAUCCACAAGAGUUGCAGUACAGUGGGUUACAGGCCCAACGUCUUCUCCACCACUCUUUCUCAUCUCAUCGCCACCAAUUCUCCCCUUUUUCUCAGACCCUUCAUUUCUAUUAGAGAGAGGUUAAAGGAGAAGGUAGAGGAGUUCUUCGGCUGCGAGUAUGAACUCUUUGUUGAGUUCACCGGUUUGAUCAGUUGGACUAGAGGAGCAAGCAUUGGGUGGCAUAGUGAUGAUAAUAGACCGUAUCUUGAGCAGAGGCACUUUUCGGCAGUUUGUUAUCUGAAUAACUACGAGGAUGAUUUCAGUGGGGGACUUUUCCACUUUCAGGAUGGGGAACCACAAACUAUUGUACCAUUGAGAGGAGAUGUUGUGAUAUACACAGCUGAUAGCUGCAACAUUCAUUCUGUUGAUGAGAUUAUUGAUGGGGAAAGACUUACUUUGGCAUUAUGGUUUAGUCGUGAGAGUUCUUAUGAUGAGGACACUAAACUUAUUUCCCUUCUCUCAGAGACUACAUUACAUAGUAACAAAUGGCUACCACUUCCAGCAUCCAGUGAUAUGUAUUGGUUUUCACUGGGUCAAUCUUCUGAGGACCGCUUGGGUUUUGAUAUAUGUUGGGCAAGAUUGCAUGUACUUGGGUUUGACAUACUUUAUUCUGAAGAUAAGAGCUGCUACUCUGAUAUCUCUGAGUUAUUAAUGGAGCCAGUGCAAUUGGCAAGGGGAAAUGAGUUGUUUGACAAGGAGUUUGUCAAUAUCCUGCAUGCACUUCAGGUGGUGCAAUACUACUGCUGGAAGGCUUCCGAAGUGGUAGCUAUGAAAGUUGAAGUAGAAAACAGCAAGGUUGUACUAUUGUCAGAAUUGCAGCAACACAGAAUUAGUAGCCUCAAGUCUUUAUUUUUGAGGGAUAAUCACCUAGCAGAGACGGUGUUUAGUCGUGCAACUUGUGGCAAAAAUGUGCAGCACGGUUUUGAUUGGACAAAGUUUGCUGCUACCAUAGCAAUGUGGGAGGGUUAUGCUUGCGAUUCUUAUGAGGGAAUAAUGAGAAGCUUACCAUACUGGAGAGUACAACAAUCUAUAUUCAAUGUUUCAUUCAAUGAGACGUAACUGUAAUCAGAGAGAGAUUUCUCUACAUGGAUGAGUCCAAAUUUUUGUAGAGGCUCUCUUGGUGCAAGACAUUACCGAAGACAUCGUAGUAUGAAAAGGUGGCCACUGUCUCAGUUAUUUCCAUUGACAUGAAACCUUGCCCAUCAUAGUACAGCUUUAGCUCCUCUGGGUUCCACUUUUUUUCGUCUCCUCUCCAUGCCUUGGAGCCACCUCCACUUGUCAUGAACUGGAUUUGGCUGCACAGGACACAAUUCUAAUAUCAGUUGCUAAGUUCUUUAGAAAUUUAUUCUUACUGAAAAAAAAAAGCAUGGCUUUAAGAUCAAGAAAACAGUCACCUUUUAUUGUCAACUAUGUGCUCUAAGCAAUGGUCAUGGCCAUUGACAUAGAAAUCAACAUUGUUUGCCUGAACAAAUAGUGUACAAUAUGAGUUUGGAGUUCAAUCUAAGAACAACUUUUCCUUUACAAGAAAAGAAGCCAAGUUCAAUUCUUAUUUAGAAUUAUUAGAAGGAAUUUUAUUCAACACCUCAAGUAUUGGGAGGAGUUGUGAUUCAAGCUCUUCGGUAUUUCCAUGGUGUCCAGCGCUUUUGAUUGUAUGGUGACCAACCACAAUUUUCCAUUUUGCAGUAGAAUGCUUCAGUGCUGAAUCCAACUUCUGUUGCAUUGCAAUAAUAUAUAUAUAUAUAUUUAUAUGUUAGAAUUUUUAAA